CCUCCUCCUGCUAUAAAUUAAAACACACACACACACAGAGGAAGCUAUCGGAGAAGCCAAUCCAUUAGCAGUACCGCUCCAGCGACACCAUGGAAGCCGUCGCAGCCACGUGGAACCUGACCCGCUCCGUCUCCCUCCCCGCCCGCCUGUGCCGCUCCCGCACAGCCAGGUUCCCAUCCCUCCAACUGUGCCCCCUCUCUGCCUCCGCUGCAGCCUCGCCCCGCGCCAGGUCCGACGCCGACCUCGCCUCCUUCGCAAGAUCCGGCGCCGUCGUCCGCCACUCCCCCAUCCGUGCCAUCCUCGAUGCCGACGAGGAAGAUCAGGAGAAGGCGCCAGGGGGCUUGGACCGCCUCCUCAAGGGCGCCGGGGCCGGCAAGAACGGCGGCGGCUGUGACAUGCGGGAGUACUACCGGCGGGUGCUGCGGGUGGAUCCGGAGAACCCGCUGCUGCUGCGCAACUACGGCAAGUACAUGCACGAGGUGGAGGGCGACCUGGCGGGCGCCGAGGGGUGCUACGCGCGCGCGCUGCUGGCAUGCCCCGGCGACGCGGAGCUGCUGAGCCUCUACGGGCGCGUCAUCUGGGAAGCGCACCAGGAGAAGGACCGCGCGGCGGCCUACUUGGAGCGCGCCGUGCAAGCCGCGCCCGAUGACUGCUACGUGCUGGGAUCGUACGCGAGCUUCCUGUGGGACGCCGAAGAGGAGGAGGAGCAGGUGGCUGAUGUGCAGAAAGAGGAAACAACUGCAAGCACGGUGGCCGUGGUGGUGGCAUCUCCGGCGUUGGUGCCCGCGUGCUGAGCUCACCGGUGCCGGUGGAUCUACGUACUUUACUGUUGGUUAGUGUACAUAGGAGGAGGAUCGGACGGCGGUGGAAUGGAUGGAGCCUGCCUUGCCCAUUGAAUGAUCCGGCGAGCCAUGAUGGUGAUGGAUGCAAGACGACUGUCGUAUGUCCCCUGGAUGAUUAUAGUGCGUCUCGGUCUCGUCGAUGAGCACUUCAUUUGUAGAGCGGGCAUGUGAUCGACCUAGCUAGCUACCUAUCUUGAUGAAUAACAAUGAGACUUACUGAUC